UUCAAACAUUCCAAAAAAUCAAAUAACAAAAAAAAAAUUUCAAACAUUUCCCAGCUGUAUUCCAAAAUCGAAAUUAAUUUUUUAAGCUGCCAACAAUCACGCAUCCGUGAAACCGCACGUUUCUUUCACUGCGAAUGAUGGACGAAAAUUUAACGGAAACUAGUGCAAGUCGAACUUUCGUAAAGAAUUCAUAUGUGAAAUCGCAAAAUAUUGGAAGCCGUUCCAAAUUGUGUCUACAAUUACGUUGUUGUAUUUAUGUUGGUGUAAUUUUAUUAUUUUACACCAAUUUUCUAUGGUUUGAUGGUGGCUGGCGUGGACGUGAGGAGAAAGUCACCCCAACAGUGCCUCCCCAACAAUCGCAGUCAACUAGACAACUACUCAGUAUCGUGAGUACCAGCGCUAUUGACUUAGAGCAUUCACAAGAAGACGUGAGCAUAACAGAAGUACAUUACAACAAUAGAUAUCAGUUAAAGCACAAAAAACUUGAUGAGCGUAAGCCAACAACAACAGAGGAAGUAAGAGCAAACCCCGCAUAUAACGAUUCCCGCGCGAACUCACUGUGGAACACGGACAGCGCAGUCACAGUUAGAGAGAAUUGCACCGCGCCGGCGAUCUUGGAAUUUCCCACAGACGGACUGACGCGCACAGAACGCCAACACGGCUGGAUUACAGUGCAUAUUUUAUUGGCGCUCUACUGCUUUUGGCUGUUGGCGGUAAUCUGUGAUGAUUACUUUUUGCCCGCCAUUGAGUUAAUAUGCCAAGCGCUACAGAUGCGUGCCGAUGUGGUCGGCGCGACUUUUAUGGCAGUCGCCACUUCAAGUCCGGAACUCUUUAUGAAUUGCGUUGGUACAUUCGUGACAAAGGGUGACAUCGGCAUUGGCACAAUUGUGGGCUCGUCCGUAUUUAAUUUACUGGCUGUACCGGCGUGUUGUGGUCUUUUUGUGGGCCAAUGUGUAUGUUUGGACUGGUGGCCGGUGAGUCGAGAUUGUCUGAUGUAUUGUCUGGCUGUCAUCGCGUUGAUCUGCACACUCUGGGACGGCAAGGUGAUGUGGUACGAAUCAUUGAUGCUUUUCUUGGUGUACUUCAUCUAUAUGGCAGUGAUGUAUUACAACGAUAAUUUCGCACGCUCAGCACGUCGUCUGAUCUCUCGUUAUCGCCGUAAACUGCGUUUGGUGUUUUCUUUUCGUGAAGUUAGUGAGCUAACGCCACUUAUUAGACGUCAGCAAACCUUCAGCGGCAUUACCAAUUACACAUUAGGAACGUCUUUUAAUAGCAUUAAUGACUGUGCUUCAAGCAAUAAUCUGACAACAUUUUAUAUACCAGAUUCGUCUCAGCAACUCUAUCCUAGUUUGGAGUAUAUCGAAAGUUGUCGCACGUCUAUGACACAAAAUGAUAGUUGCAGCUGGACGUUAGACUCCGAACCAAACUUCGUUAAUGAAACUGACCAUAACGCCACAGAUUUCGCUGAUCUACCUUGGCAACGCGGUGAUGCUUCGUGGCUGUGUUUCAUAAUACGUUGGCCCAUCACGUUUUUGUUGUACAUAACGGUACCCGAUAGUCGCAGACAUACGCAAGCCAAAUAUAUAACAUUUGCGGCAUCGAUUAUAUGGAUUGCUGUAAUCUCAUAUGUGGUGGCCUAUGCGAUAACCGUAAUAGGCGAUACGCUCAACAUACCCGACUCUGUUAUGGGCCUCACAAUACUCUCCGCCGGCAUGAGUGUACCGGAAGCUGUCUCCAGCAUUAUUGUCACCAAACAGGGACUUGGCGCUAUGGGCAUCAGUAAUGCAAUCGGAUCGAAUACCUUCGACAUUUUACUCUGUCUCAGUGUGCCUUGGUUUAUCAAAGCAUAUUUUCUACCCAACCACCCGGAUGAAAUGUGGGUUGCGCCCAAUUCGAAUGGACUCACAUAUUCAGUCAGCUUUCUGCUUGCGUCUGUUAUUUGUCUCUUUCUAACAUUACUGUUGAAUCGUUUUAAAUUGGAUCGCAAAGUGGGUUUAAUAUGCGCCGUUUUAUAUGUCUGUUUCAUUGUUUGUGCGGCACUCAUCGAACUAAAUGUAUUCUUUCCGGUUAAUCUACCUGUAUGUGAGCACUGAGAGCAAACGAGUGAGGGUGAUGGUCGAGUUGCACGAUCUAAAGAUAUUAUUGCAUGAACUUUAGAUUUUGUACAAUUAUUGUUAUUAAUAUUUAGCCAACCAUAAAUGAUAAUAAUUAACAGCAAUAAAAAA